GCAUAUACAUAACUCACAUGUGAAAAUGGCGGAUGAAGAUGUAAACGGGGACCAUGGGGACUCAGAUGACGUUCAGCAAGAAAAGUCGCAGAAAAAAGCUGCCAAAUAUGAUAGCGGAGCUGCAGAUUUAGAAAGAGUUACUGAUUAUGCGGAAGAGAAGGAGAUUUCAUCCUCUGAUGGAUUUUCUUGCGCUCUGAGUAUCAUCGGUGAUCGUCGAGAUAAGGAAGCUGCAGAAAAGAAAGCAAAAGAAAAAGAACUGCUCAAAGUAUCCAUAAAAAAGGAGGAUGUAGAUUUAAUCAUGAAGGAGAUGGAGAUCAGUAAAAAUUUAGCAGAACAAAUUCUUCGAGAAAAUAGAGGGGACGUUGUAGAAGCAUUAGUCACAUUAACUAAUUGAUAUUGUACAGAACAUUUAUUACUAUCUAACAUCUUCACCUCAGAAUUCCACUGUAUAUUAAGCAAUUUUUAAAAGCCUCAAUUAUCAAUACGUGUUAAUAUAUAUGUAUUACACAAUGUAAUAAGACCAAUACUAUACUUUAUUUGUUUUAUCUAUUGUGUAUUUAUAAAAAAAAAAAAAAAAAAAAAA